UGCUGAGAAGGUUCGCUACAACAACUCGUACCGUUCAGAGACCCUUUAUCACAGCAACAGCAACCAGACUCGCCGCAAUCUCUAUCCCGUUUUUCUCAACGUCGUCUCCCGCGCCCAAGAGUGACGAUAUGCCGUCGUCAUCGUCAUCGUCUGGAGGAUACCCCGUACAAAAGAGUGAUGAGGAGUGGAGGGCGAUCUUAUCACCCGAACAAUUCCGGAUCCUCCGCCAACAAGGCACGGAACCGGCCCACACAGGCGCCUACACCUCCCACACAGCCCCCGGAACCUACGCCUGCGCAGGCUGCCUCACGCCUCUCUACCUCUCCUCCCACAAAUUCCCCUCAUCCUGUGGGUGGCCCGCAUACUUUGAUGCCAUUCCCGGUCGCGUAAUCAGGCGUGAAGACAACGCGUGGGGAAUGCGCAGGACGGAGAUUAUGUGUGCGAAUUGUGGGGGGCAUUUGGGGCAUGUGUUUAAGGGGGAGGGGUAUGGGACGCCGACGGAUGAGAGGCAUUGUGUUAACAGUGUUAGUUUGACGUUUAAGGGGGAGGGGGAGGAGUGA